AUGUUCCUCAACGCCCGUUAUGUCAACCUCUUCCUGGCGGAGCUCCCGUUCCAAUAUCAACGCCUCCGGGACGUCUUGGUCUUUAUAACCCAAGACAGCUUCAUGUCUACCUGGGAUCUCAAGUCGGGGUACUACCACGUGUUCUUGCAUCCCUCGUUUCGCAAGUACAUGGGCUUCCAGGUUGGGCAGCUGGUUUUCCGUUACAACGUGCCAGCUUUUGGCCUCUCGCAAGCUUGUUUCCUGUUCACGAAGUUGAUGAACGAGCCAGCGAAAGCGCUACGGCAGCGCGGCGUGCCAAUCUCAGAUUACAUUGAUGACGGCAUCACGGCGGCAGUUACCUUUGCCCGAUGCCUGUUCAAUGCGAUCUCGUCAGCUCGACUUUUGGCUGCGCUAGGAGCAUUCCUUGGGCUUCCUAAAUGCAACCUCAGUCCGGAUCAGCUUCGAAAGUGGCUCGGGUUCAUCAUCGACUCGGUCAAUCAACGUUUUCAGCUUAGCCCGUCGCGUCUGGCCAAGUUGAAGCAGCAGCUCCAAGUCAUCUUGCAAGCCCAGCAUGUAACUGCUAGGGAGCUCGCUUCUCUUGCGGGGCGUUUAGUCCCAACCGGCCCCGCAGUGCUGCCAGCCUCUCUUCGAAGCCGUCCGUUCUUCCAAGCGCUGAAAGGACAGCUCAGCUGGGACGCAAUAUUUCCAAAUCAGUUGGCAGUUCAGCAAGCUGCAGCGUUCUGGUUAGAAAACCUGGAACGCUUCAACGGAAGAGGCUGGUGGCCGCCUCCCGUCUCUAUUCAAGCGUCUGUGGACGCAUCAGGAGUCGGUUUUGGUGGCGUGCUCAUCUUGCCCGGUCAAGUCCGAACUCCAUUUAGGGGCACUUUCUCAGAAGAGUUCGCCCAAGCAUCUAGCACGGCCCGGGAAGUAGCCGGAUAUCUCGGGGCGGCGCGGACCGCGUUUCAAACACAUCCAAACGCUCUCAAAGGCGCCUCCUUGUUGAUAACCGGCGACAGCCAGUCCGCCGUGGCUUGCAUCAAUGAGCUUCGCAGUACCCAGCCGGACAUCCACGGUCUUCUCCAACAGCUAUUCGACCUCUGCCUUGAGGCCGACUGUUCCGUGCAAGCUCGUUGGGUUCCCCGGGGACAGUUAACCGAGGCGGAUCGGAUAUCCCGAGAACCGGACGCUGGGGACUGGGGCCUUAACCCGAUCCUGGUCAACGCGAUCAAGGCCCGCUUUGGAGUUCAGCCCAUCCUGGACGUCUUCGCCUCUGCAGUCCACCACGUCACGCCCAACUUCAUCAGCAAGUUCUUCGAACCCGGCUGCAAGGCGGUUCAAGCCAUGCGUCAAGACUGGCGGGACUUCGUUCCACCAGGCCAGGUCGCCUGGCUAUUUCCGCCACCGGCUUUGGCGGGUCAAGUUUUGGCUAAGCUAGCACUGUACAAAAUAGAUGCCAUUCUAGUGCUUCGCGACCAACGCGAAUCCAAUGAACGGGUCAUGCUUCGUCACCGGCAGGAUGCAGCAGUCUCGGUCCCAUUUCCGAUCCCGAGUGAUCUCGGCACUGGGCUCGUCCCGGACCGUUUUGCUCCAUCCCGGCCGGAUCACUCCCCCGGCCGCAUCUAUCUGUCGUGCUUCUAA